AUGAUGUUUGGUAAACACAGUACAUUAAUAGUAACAACUUUAUUGUUACUAUUAACAUUAAAUGAACAACAACAAGUAAAUGGACAAUUUGAUUCAUAUUGGUUGAAUAUGAAGACACCAUGUGUUUUUAAACCAUCACUUCCAAAAUCAGUCAUAUCGUUUCCUUCAAAUCAAUGUUUUGCAUCGUUGAAUGGAGUAGACUCUUUUAAAGUGCUGACAGAGGUUGUUGGAGGCCAACUUUAUUCCACCAAAUACACGUAUGCUGCCAGUUUGACUUGUGCAGGUACUGGCACUACGACAGUACUCGUUUCAAACUCACAACCCAAUUGUGAUACGGCUACAGAUACUCUUUAUGAAUAUGCAACUGUUCCAGCUGUUCCAUCUGACAAUGCUCUUUAUUUUGAACGUGUUAGAAGUUGUACAGAACCAACACCAAUUACACAUGCAAUUUUAAAUGAUGGAAAGUGUAGAUUGGUUGAACCAAAGAGUAAUGUUUAUGCAAGUUUUAGAAAGAGUGAUGAUGGAAAGAGUGUUAUUAUGUCCAAUGUAGCAACAACCAGUACUGGUUGUAGUACAGAUACACAGACUAUUGCAGCCACUUGUUCUUUGCCAGUGCCAUCGACACCAUCUUGGUUUACAUUUGCAUGUCUUCCAACCAAUACACAAAUCAUCAUCCAAACACCUAUUGUCCAGGGAUACCGUAGAUAUCAAUUGCCAGCCGACGGUGUAACAAUCACAGGAUACCAGUUUCCACGACGUCGUUAUAUGUGGGUUGCCGAUGCCCUGACAUUCUCAUCGAUUGCUGAUUCAGUCGUCGGUACCGGAAAAUGGGCCAGUGGAAUUGUGUCCAAUGCCAAACCAAAUACUCCAACCUAUGUUGUAUUCAAUAUGGCCGGUCUCACAGUCACCCCCUCUCCAACCAAUCAAAGUGCAACUAUUAAUUUAAUUCCUCUACCAGUUAUCGAGACACUUGUGAUUUCAUCACUUGAUCCAAAUUUACAAUGGGUUGUAGUUGAUUAUUCUUCAUCGGGUGGAUUUACAACUGCAACAAGUACCUACCAAGUAUAUUAUAAUGGAGUGAUCGUAUCUAAUUGUAAUAAUAUCGUUGAGACUACUUGUAAAAUUACAGCGUCACUUGGAUUUGGAUUAAAGGUGGGUGUGUCGGUAACUAAUACAGCAGAGGUUAGUCCACAGAAAACAGUCACUAUUGGUGCGCUUUCAGUACCUGUCGUUACAUUGUCACCAAGUCCAACCGGUAUAGUAGUGUCAUAUGAUACAUUUGGAGGUUUGUUGUCAACUACCUACUCUGUCUAUUUGAAUGGAACUGCUGUGACUACAUGUACAAACAUUGCUGGAAAACAAUGUACAGUAUCUGGAUUGACAACAUUGGAAACCUAUAUAGUCAAGGUUGUGGCUGUCAAUGGUCAGGAAACAACUAAUAACCAACAGUCUGUUUACCUAUGGGAUGCUAUCACUACGCCAUUGGUCACUGCUACCGUCAAGGUUACAUCAAUUCUCGCAACUUUUACUGUCAAUGGUGGUAACCCUGCUUUGACUGUCUCUACCUACAACGUCAACGGUGUAGACUAUACUGGAUGUAUCAAUCUACCCUACUCGUCACGUUCAUGUAAUAUUGUAACUCAACCAAAUACUUUGUAUCAAAUUAAAGUAACCUCAUCGAAUAGUGGGAUUGUCGUGGUAUCUAGUGUCACUCCAUUCACUACUUAUGCCAACUUGCAACCACCAGUUCUUACACCAGGCGUGUUAAACAUUACAACUGUCUCUUUUUCAUUCAACUCGGCUGGUGGUGUGCCCGGCGAGACUGUCUAUUUGGUCAAGUUGAAUGGAAAUACAGUUACACAAGGAUCGACGUGUUUGCCAGCCAGCUGCACAGUAUCGGUUGCUCCAGCAUCGAGCAAUGCCAUAACAGUCGCUGCAACCAACAAUUUGGAUGCUCCACCCGUCCAAUCCAUCGUCUUGCAAUCAUACCCUGUUCCAUCGGUCGACCCAGUCAUCACUAGUGUCACGAGCAACUCUAUCACCCUCCGACUCUCAUACACGGGUGGUGUGCCAACCGAAACAUACCUCUAUGUGAUUACACUGAUUGGUACUCCAGCAGUUGUCAUCCCUGCAUCCACCACAUCCACCUACACCACCUACACAUUCACUGGGCUUGUUCCAGAGUCAACUGCAGUCAUUGGACUGUAUGUUUGGAAUAGUGGGUCAUCCUCUACGACCAAAUCAAUGGUUCAAAAGCUAAAUCCAACCCCAUUAUCAACUCCAAUCGUUGGAGCAUCCAUCAAUAGAGCCAACAACCAACUAACCAUCACAUAUAGUACUACGGGUGGAUAUAUUGGAACUACAACCACCUAUGCUGUCACUGUCGCAGGUACAUCUGUCGUCACUGGUGACACUACUGGUACUGCCACCUACACACUGACACCUGCUCAGACAAGUACCCAAACCACAUUGAGUAUCAUAGUCACUGCCACCAAUGGAGCUCUCACAAGCUCUGAAACCACCUCGAUUGUCUAUAUUCCCGAUCUUGCCAUGCCAACCCUCUCGCCAGUCUAUGAUGCCACUGGUAUCACCAUUACCUACUCGGCCAAGGGAGGUAGCACUGCCAUAACAACCACCUAUGACGUGUCUGUCAAUGGACAGUUGGUAUCUGACAAUGACAGCACUGGAUUGACCCGUUUCACGCUAUCCUCUCAACAACAAACCCAACAAGCUACCUAUACUAUACUAGUAGUUGCAAGUAAUGGAGCAAUGACCUCACAAAACUCUGCAUCAAUCGUCUACUAUCCAGUCAUCCAAACACCAACCUUGACAUCAUCAAUUGUCAAAUCAAAGUCGAUUACUAUUGGGUAUUCUGUUAGUGGAGGAAAUGCAGCGUUGGUAUUGAUUUAUGUGUCUGCAAAUGGAUCACCAGUUGCCAAUUGUCAAGGUGUAACUGUAUCGUCGACCUGUACAAUCAAAACUACUCCAUCCACUUCUUAUGUAUUGGCUGUUCGUGCAACUGACGGUAAAUACACUUCAACUUUUACCAGUCCAUCAAUUGUUACCUAUCCUGUAUUGUCUACACCAUCCAUCACACCUGUUACAACCAAUAUGACUUGGAUUUCAUUUAGUUAUGCAUCGAGUGGAGGUGUUCCAGGUGAAACUGUAACAACUGUCAAAUUGAAUAGUAAAGUUGUUCCAUCUAGCUCUUGUCCAAGUCAAUUAUGUACAGUUACUGUUGUACCUGGAUCAUCUAAUAUUGUGACGGUUGAUACAAUCAAUAAUGUAGAUUCGACUUCAACCUCUUCGACCAUUGUAUCGUACGCGUUACCAACUAUCUCUCAAUUCAAGGUCACUACAUUUACACAUACCUCGGUGACUAUUGUAUUUGCAAGUGUUGGUGGCAUCACCUCUUCAGAUACUGUAUAUAUUGUAACGUUGAAUGGUGGUGUUGAAACUACCUAUACUGGUAUUUCGACAUUAACGUUUACCGAUCUUGUCCCUGAAACAACUGCUAUCAUUACAUUACAAGUAUACAAUAGUGGUUCCUUCUCUGCAGUCCAACAAAUCGAGCAACAAUUAUCUCCUACUCCAUUGACCAACCCAGUUGUCUCUGCCACUUUGGAUGGUGUAGUUGUAUCGAUCGGAUACUCGUCCACCGGUGGAAGCAAGACAACUACCACCACUUAUGCAGUCUCUGUCAAUGGUCAGUCUAUUGUAUCUGCAGACACUACAGGAUCCAUCCAAUACACCUUGACACCAGCCCAACAACAAGUCCAAACCACUCUCAAUAUCCUAGUCGUUGCCAACAAUGGUCAACUAACUGCACAAGCUUCAACAUCGGUCACUUAUAUUGUACCACUCUCCAACCCCUCCAUCUCUGCAUCUGCAACCUCUCAAGGUAUUGUCAUCACCUACUCUACCACUGGUGGGGACACCCGUCUCCCAACAUCCUACGAUGUCUCUAUCAACGGUGUAGUGGCUAUAACAUCAGAUACUACUGGUUCCUAUACCUAUGUAUUCUCAUCACAACAAGCUUCCAAUGAUGCAACCUACCAAAUCACAGUUGAAGCUAGAAAUGGUCCAAUGUCAACCCAGGCAUCCACCUCUAUCAACUAUAUUCCACCACUUCAAGAAACAAUUGUUUCUGCUACCAUUGUUGAUAGUACCGGUAUCUCUAUUCAAUACCAUGCAGAUGGUGGUAGUGUAUCCAUUACUACUACUUAUGCAGUCACUGUCAAUGGUCAAUCUUUAGUCACUGGUGACACAACUGGACAAGCAACCUAUACAUUCACAAGCUCAGAAUCCAAUACUGAUGCAACCUAUCAAAUUGCAGUUGUUGCAACCAAUGGUCAAAUGUCAACGCAAGGAUACAAAUCAAUUACUUAUAUUCCAGUAUUGACCAGUCCAAUUAUCCAAGUGACUGCUACUGGUAGUGAAUCAUUGACUAUAAAGUAUACAACUAGUGGAGGAAAGAAAGAUACACCAACUAGUUACGAUGUGACUGUAGAUGGUCAAUCAUUAGUAACUGAUGAUACAACUGAACAAGCUGUAUAUACUUUAACAGCACAACAAUCUGAAAGUGAAACAAUCUUUGCUAUUUCAGUCCAAGCUACCAAUGGUGCAAUGUCAACUCAAUCAUACACUACCUUUACAUUUAUUCCACCACUCUUGACUCCAACUAUCGAUGCUAGUAUAACCGAUAAUACUGGUAUAUCUAUUCAAUACCAUGCCAAUGGUGGUAGUGAGUCUAUUACUACUACUUAUGCAGUCACUGUCAAUAGUCAAUCUUUGGUCACCAAUGAUGUGAGUGGACAAGCAACUUAUACAUUUACAAGCACUGAAUCCAAUACUGAUGCAACCUAUCAAAUCAGUGUUGUUGCAACUAAUGGUCAAAUGUCGUCGCAAGGAUCCAAGUCAAUUACUUAUAUUCCAGUAUUGACCAAUCCAAUCAUUCAAGUCACUCCAACAGGUAGUGAAUCAUUGACUAUAAAGUAUACAACUAGUGGAGGAAAGAAAGAUACACCAACUAGUUACGCUGUGACUGUAGAUGGUCAAUCAUUAGUAACUGAUGAUACAACUGGACAAGCUGUAUAUACUUUAACAGCAGAACAAUCAGACAGUGAAACAGUCUUUGCAAUUACAGUCCAAGCUACAAAUGGUCAAAUGUCAUCACAAUCAACUAUAUCGUAUACCUUUAUACCACCACUCGAACCAUUAGUUGUCAAUGCGACCAAUGUAGGUAGUACCGGUAUCUCUAUCCAAUACCAUUCAGCUGGAGGUAGUCAGUCCAUUACCACUGUCUAUGCAGUCACUGUGAAUGGCCAAUCAUUGGUCACCAAUGAUGCAAGUGGACAGGCAAGCUACCAAUUUACAAAGGUUGAAUCAGAGACUUGGGCAACUUACCAAAUCCAAGUAAUUGCAACCAAUGGUGCAAUGACCUCUGAAGGAUCGACAUCUGUCACUUACCAAUACCCACUUCAACCACCAACUAUCACUGUCACCGCCAGUCCAAACAACGGUGGUCUAGUCAUUAGUUAUUCUUGCAAGGGUGGUAACCCAACCAUUCCAACAAUGUACAAGGUCAAGUUGAAUGACCAACUUAUUAGUGGUGAGACUUUAAUCACUAAAGAAAGUAUAACCUAUACUUUUACAACAACCGAGUCUUCCACACCAGCCAACUACACCAUCCAAGUCAUUGCAUCUAAAGGACAACAAUCAUCAGAUGAUGUUAGUAAUAGUACUAUAUUUGAGUAUAUUCCAAGAUUAAGUAAUCCAGUCAUCACUGUCACUCCAGAUACAGAAUCGAUUAUGACUAAUUGGACUAUGGUUGAUGGUGCCGACUCUUAUAUUGCAAGUAUUCUCAUAAACUCUAUUUGGGUUGAUACUUGUCAUGUCAACAACAACAACAACAACUAUCUAUAUUGUGAUUUUACAGAGUUGACACCCAAGACUACUUACAGUAUUAGAGUGACUGCUCAAAAGACAGGAGAUGAUGCAUUGGACGGUCAAUCAACCAUCGAAACUACAACUUUAGAUUUAUAUCCUUCAACUGCAUCAACCAUCCAACAACAACAAUAUACCUCUGCAUUACUAUUAUUAGUAGUGUUAUUCACAAUUAUUUUAAUCUAA